UGUUUUUAGAAAGUUUGUGAAGCGCUGAAUGGGUUAAUGUGCACAAGUGAACAUAAUAUUAUUAACUAGUAUUGACUGAAGUGUAAACGCAGCAGGGCAGGAGCUUCGUUACGCUAAAUUACUCACGCACUCACACACACACACACUCUGAAAGCGUUAACGUCGCAAAUUCUAAAGAGCGCGAACCGUGUCAGUGGCUCACUUGAGCUCGACGCGCAGAGACUGUGAGAUAAACGAAUUGAAUUGUUUUGUUUUAAUAACAACGCAACAUGAUUUGCUAGUUCCUUUGUCUAAACAAAUCGAGCAGCUGUUAAAUCGACAACAAUUUAAUAAUCAAAAGCGAUCGCUGAUGCAAUAAAAUGAGCACCUCAGACGCAGCGCCCCUGGUUUACGACUCUGAAGCUGACGUUGAGCAUGAGGAGGCGGCGCCACGCCUACUUGAUGCUGCCCGAUCAGAGGCAGACGUCGAGGCACCAGCCCUGGCGGAACACAACGGCUCGGCCCUGGGCGCCAAAUGGUUCAUACUGGAGCCUGCUGUGUUCCUCAUAUUCCUGGCCCGCAGCUUGAUCGGGGCGGUCCUACAGAAUCAAAUUCUGUACCAAACCUGUGUGACGAUCAUGCACUACAAUGAAACCGACUGCGAGCCGCUGCUGGGCAACGAUCGCGGUUCGGAAGCUACAAAACGGCUGGAGAUUACAGUUCAGGGAUAUUCGGCGGAUAUAACAAUGGCCAUAUCGCUCUUGGAGAGCAUAAUACCCGCCUUCGUCAGCCUCUUCAUUGGACCCUGGUCGGACAAAUUUGGACGACGGCCCAUCCUGCUGACCGUCUUCACAGGCUACGUGGCCGGCGCAACGAUAUUGAUUGGCAUCGGUGAGGUGACCGCGUUCCGGAACAUCAGUCCCUGGUGGUACCUGCUGCCUUCGGUGCCGUCGGUUCUAAGCGGCGGCACUUGCGCUCUAAUCACCGGCAUUUAUUGCUACAUCUCCGAUGUGGCCAAGGAGCGCAAGCGUGCUUUGCGCAUGGUGCUAAAUGAGGCGUCGCUGUGCACCGGCAUGAUGGUUGGCAAUGUGGCCAGCGGCUACAUAUAUGCGGCUACAGAUGCGGUCACACUCUUUGCCAUUGCCGCCUGCCUUAUGUUUCUGGCCGUGCUCUAUGUGUACUUCUUUGUGCCGGAGAGCUUGCCCGACGAGGAUAUGCAUCGGGGCUCGCGUGUGCGCGAAUUCUUUCGCUUCGGCCUGGUCAAGGAUCUCGUGCGCACCUGCUUCCUGCCACGGGCCAACUACGAUCGGGCUAUCAUUUGGCUGACCAUGGUGGCGCUCACCAUAACCAUCUUCAACAUGGAGGGCGAGAACACGGUCAAUGUGCUGUACAUGCGCGAACAGUUCGACUGGACCAUCAAGGACAUCAGCCAGUUCAAUGCGGCGCGCAUUGUUAUCCAAAUAGUUGGCAGCGUCGCUGGCAUGAUUGUGCUGCGCCGCGUGCUGAAGGUGUCCAUCAUCAGCAUGGCGCUGCUCGCCCUGGCCGCCUGUGUGCUGGAGAGCACGGUGCGCGCCACAGCGCACUAUUGGUGGGAAAUGUAUUUGGGCAUGACCCUGGGCAUGAUGCGCGGCGUCCUGGGCCCCAUGUGCCGUGCCAUAUUAUCUCAUGUGGCGCCGGCAACGGAUGUGGGCAAAAUCUUUGCUCUGACCACAUCAAUGGAAAUGGUUUCACCGCUCGGUGCUGCGCCGAUUUAUACAGCUGUUUACAAGGCGACCGUGGCCUACUAUCCGGGCGCAUUCAACUUCAUAAGCGCAGGUCUAUUCUUUCUGUGUUACAUUCUGAUGGCCAUCAUCUUUGGCAUACAGAAGUCGAUGGGCAGUGCCAGCGCCUAUAAGGUCAUAGGCAGCUAACCAUCUCGUCUCUGCUUGGCUUAGUUCAAUUAAAACUUGCUAUUUGUGAUGAUGCCUAGACAGUUUUUUGUACAGUAUAUAGGAUCAGUUUUUAUAUCAGUGUGUAAAGUAUUAGCAUGAUAUUUAUCUUUUUGUUCGAAACCUAAUUGUAAUUGUAAUUGUACAUUGUUUUUCACUCAAUUUGUAAUUGCCCAUCGGAACUGACAAUGUA